ACCCAUUCACCAAAAACCGAAAAAGAAUAGAAAAGGAAAAAAAAUAAAAAAAGAAGACCUUUCUCCUUGUAGACUCCUAGUGGUGCUUCCGCUGAUCUUCCCUUCAUUGCCCUUGCCAUUCUCUUCUUGUCUCUACAAUUCCUACAAUUCCCGCCUGUGCAUUACAUUCAUUGGAAAUAGAAAAAAGAAAAGAAAAAGAAGAGUUGGUAUUUUUCAUCCAUGACUGUGAUGACUCCUGCUUCUAUUGAACGAGAGGACGAGGAGAUGCUGGUUCCCCACACAGAUUUGGCCGACGGCCAUCAACCUAUGGAAGUUGUUGCACAAGAGGAAACUACUAGUACUGUGGAAAACCAGCCAGUUGAGGAUCCUCCUACAUCAAGGUUCACAUGGAGAAUUGAGAACUUUUCUAGGUUGAAUACAAAGAAGCACUAUUCCGAAAAUUUCAUUGUGGGCGGCUAUAAGUGGCGGGUGCUUAUUUUUCCAAAGGGAAACAAUGUUGAACAUUUGUCUAUGUACUUGGAUGUUGCGGAUUCAUCAAGUUUGCCCUAUGGGUGGAGUAGAUAUGCACAAUUCAGCUUGGCUGUGGUAAAUCAAAUUCAUAACAAAUAUACAGUGAGAAAAGACACUCAACACCAGUUUAAUGCACGAGAAAGUGAUUGGGGUUUCACUUCUUUUAUGCCUCUUAGUGAACUAUACGAUCCAGGUAGGGGUUUUCUUGUGAGUGAUACAUGUAUAGUUGAAGCAGAGGUUGCUGUCCGCAGAGUUGUGGAUUACUGGACAUAUGACUCAAAAAAGGAAACUGGUUAUGUUGGACUUAAGAACCAAGGAGCAACUUGUUACAUGAACUCUCUCCUCCAAACUCUCUAUCAUAUUCCCUACUUUAGAAAGGCUGUGUACCAUAUGCCAACGACUGAGAAUGAUAUGCCAUCUGGAAGCAUUCCUUUGGCUUUGCAGAGUUUAUUCUAUAAGCUUCAAUACAGUGACAGCAGCGUUGCAACGAAAGAGUUGACAAAAUCGUUUGGUUGGGACACAUAUGAUUCUUUCUUGCAGCAUGAUGUGCAAGAACUCAAUAGGGUCCUCUGUGAAAAGCUUGAAGACAAAAUGAAGGGAACUGUUGUGGAGGGCACUAUACAGCAGUUAUUUGAAGGGCACCAUAUGAACUACAUUGAAUGCAUCAAUGUGGACUACAAAUCUACAAGGAAGGAGUCAUUUUAUGACCUUCAGCUGGAUGUCAAAGGUUGUCAUGAUGUUUAUGCUUCUUUUGAUAAGUACGUAGAAGUUGAGCGCCUAGAAGGGGAUAACAAAUAUCAUGCUGAGCACCAUGGAUUGCAGGAUGCUAGGAAGGGUGUCUUAUUCAUUGACUUCCCUCCUGUCCUUCAACUUCAGCUGAAGCGAUUUGAAUAUGAUUUUAUGCGGGACACUAUGGUAAAGAUAAAUGAUCGCUAUGAGUUCCCUCUGCAACUUGAUCUUGAUCGAGAGAAUGGCAAAUAUUUAUCUCCUGAUGCCAAUAGGACUGUUCGCAACCUUUACGCCCUUCACAGUGUUCUAGUUCACAGUGGCGGAGUGCAUGGUGGACAUUAUUAUGCCUUUAUAAGACCCACCCUUUCUGAUCAGUGGUAUAAAUUUGAUGAUGAAAGGGUGACAAAAGAAGACGUGAAGAGGGCUUUGGAGGAGCAAUAUGGUGGUGAAGAAGAGCUGCCCCAGACAAAUCCUGGAUUGAAUAACACCCCCUUUAAAUUUACGAAGUAUUCAAAUGCAUACAUGCUGGUGUAUAUACGUGAAAGUGACAAGGACAAAAUAAUUUGCAAUGUGGAUGAGAAGGACAUUGCUGAACAUCUCCGGGAGAGGUUGAAGAAAGAACAAGAAGAAAAAGAGCACAAGAAAAAGGAAAAAGCCGAGUCACAUCUUUAUACCAUUAUUAAGGUUGCACGAGAUGAUGACCUUGUAGAACAUAUUGGAAGGGAUAUAUAUUUUGAUCUUGUGGAUCAUGACAAAGUUAGAAGUUUUCGUAUCCAGAAGCAGAUGCCUUUCAACUUUUUCAAGGAGGAGGUAGCUAAAGAGUUUGGUAUACCAAUUCAAUUUCAGCGUUUUUGGCUGUGGGCAAAGCGCCAAAACCACACAUAUCGUCCUAAUCGGCCAUUGACACAUCUAGAAGAACAACAAUCUGUUGGACAGUUAAGGGAGAUAUCAAAUAAGGUUCAAAAUGCAGAACUAAAGUUGUUCUUGGAAGUAAAUCUUGGGCCGGAUUUACACCCAAACCCUCCACCUGAGAAGACAAAGGAUGAUAUUUUGCUUUUCUUCAAGCUUUAUGAUCCUGAGAAGGAAGAGCUAAAUUAUGUUGGAAGGCUUUUUGUGAAGAGUACUGGUAAGCCUGUAGAAAUUUUGUCAAAACUGAAUGAAAUGGUUGGUUAUGCUCCUGAUGAAGAGAUUGAACUCUAUGAGGAAAUCAAGUUUGAUCCUAGUGUCAUGUGUGAACCCAUUGAUAAGAAAUUCACAUUCCGAGCUAGCCAGCUUGAAGAUGGUGAUAUCAUUUGCUUUCAAAAAACACCUCCAAUUGAAAGUGGUGAAUCAUUCCGCUAUCCAGAUGUUCCUUCAUUUUUAGAAUACGUGCACAAUCGCCAAGUUGUUCAUUUUCGGUCCCUAGAAAAACCCAAGGAAGAUGAUUUUUGUCUUGAGAUGUCAAAGCUUUUUACUUAUGAUGACGUGGUAGAAAGAGUAGCUCGUCAGCUUGGUUUGGAUGAUCCAUCCAAAAUCAGGCUCACAUCUCACAACUGUUACUCUCAGCAACCAAAACCCCAGCCAAUUAAGUACCGUGGGGUGGACCAUUUGUCUGACAUGCUGGUUCACUACAAUCUGAUUUCGGAUGUAUUGUACUAUGAAGUAUUGGACAUCCCUCUUCCAGAAUUACAAGGUUUAAAAACUUUGAAAGUUGCUUUUCAUCAUGCUGAAAAGGAGGAAGUUGUUAGUCAUAGUAUUAGACUGCCAAAACAGAGUACAGUAGGGGAUGUAAUUAAUGCUCUUAAAACAAAGGUUGAGCUGUCUCAUCCUAAUGCUGAAGUUAGGUUGCUUGAAGUUUUCUAUCACAAGAUCUAUAAGGUUUUUCCUUCAAAUGAAAAAAUUGAGAACAUUAAUGAUCAAUACUGGACACUGCGUGCUGAAGAGAUUCCUGAAGAAGAGAAAAAUCUUGGACCACAGGAUCGCUUGAUUCAUGUAUACCACUUUACAAAAGACACAGCUCAGAACCAAAUGCAAAUUCAGAAUUUCGGGGAGCCUUUUUUCUUGGUCAUCCAUGAGGGUGAAACUCUGGCUGAAGUUAAGGUGCGGAUACAGAAGAAGCUGCUGGUUCCAGAGGAAGAAUUUGCUAAGUGGAGGUUUGCCUUUCUUUCACUAGGUCGCCCAGAGUACCUUCAAGACUCUGACAUUGUCUCCAGUCGUUUUCAGAGAAGAGAUGUUUAUGGUGCUUGGGAGCAGUAUCUUGGACUAGAGCAUUCUGACACUGCUCCUAAAAGGGCUUAUGCAGCUAAUCAGAACCGUCACACAUUUGAGAAGCCGGUAAAAAUCUACAACUAGGAGCAGGAUAAUAAGAAAUAGAAGGAAUGAAUUACCCCCUGCCAAGGUUGACGAACAAUUGGCAGCUCACAACAUCAUUCACUGACUGUAAAGAUGUGGAAAAUGAUGAAAAAGCAAAUGAAGUUUUGAGGGUGAGAACUGAAGCUUAGCAUUGUGGUGAUGAGUGGUGGGGUGUUUUUGAUUUUGUUGGCUAUGUAAUUCUUUCUUCUAGCGUGGAUGGAAGGAGUUUUCCCAUAUCCAGUGUGUUCAAAGUGUGGAUGGACAAAAACCAACUUGAGCUUUUGCUGCUUCCAUAUUUCUGUGGAGAUGGUGGUGUGAGGGUGAUGAUAAGAUCAGUGGCCUUUUUAUCUUUAGAGAAGUAGAAGUUAACAAAGUACAUAAUCAUAAACAAGAUUUUGGACUAGGAAAUGUAUACAGGAUCAGGAUAUAGUGGAUGACUUUUGAGUCAUUUUGUUUUGCCUGACUUUUGAUUUUACUUUAGACGAGUUUAGAAAUUUGGGACAUAUUUCUAGGUGUUUUCUUUUUUUGUGUAAAAGAAACUUGUCCCAGUAAAUCAGCAUUUUAAAAUAAACUGUUGUUCAUGAA